CUAUUGAAAAUGAAAAUUCUUUUGGUUUUGUCCUGCCUUAUCCUUUGUGUGUCCCUCAUCUCGGCUCAGACUUGCCAAGGACUUCCUCCGAAUGGCCAGAACUGCAAUGGCGGUAAGGAUGAAGGAGCUCCCAGGCAAGCUCGCGGAGGACCGCAGUGCACUCCUCAGCCAAAUAACAGCAUGUGGUACUACAACAGGACUACUGGGAAAUGCCUGAAGAUGAGCUACAAAGGGUGUUACGGCAACAAAAAUCGCUACUGCACCCAACAAAGCUGUGAGCGGGCAUGUCCUGGUCGAAACUAAAUCAUAGCAUAAAGUAAUAAUAUUAUUUGACUGCACAACACGAUUAAACAUUUUAUU